CGUCUCCUCUGCAAUUAGAAAGAGCCCGAUUCAUUGUAUCUGCAGAUUUCAUGACGUUUCCUAACGUGUUUCAAGCACUUUACCUGCUGCCUGUGCUUUUAUUCAGCAUUAGACUAUUCCCCUGCUGACUGAAUUCGUUACAUCUGCCUUUACUGGUCCAACAAGCUAAUGAGGGACUUGAUCCAGGCUCAUCUAGUGGUUUUCUAUUUUUUGGAGGGGGAGCUAUGUCUGUACAACAGGAUGGAGGACCACUGAGAGAGACCAAGGUUUGAUCAGAUCUUUUACUCAAAAGCCUUUUUUUUAUCCCAAGCUACUGAACAUCCAUCCAUCCAGCAGAGAUACUUCAGCAAGGGCACCAUGAGGAUCUGAGACCUACACAUCAACAUAAGCUACCAAGCCUCAAAGAAACCCUGAUGGAGCAAGACGUGGAGACCCCCAUCUCCAUACGGCAACCGAAGCUCCCCAAACAAGCCCGGGAGGACCACACCAAACAGAAGUGCACAAAACGGAAAAUCCAGAGAUAUGUACGCAAGGACGGAAAAUGCAACGUUCACCAUGGGAAUGUCAGAGAGACCUACCGGUAUCUGACCGACAUCUUCACAACUCUGGUGGAUCUGAAAUGGAGGUUAAACCUGUUGAUAUUUGUCAUGGUUUACACUAUAACGUGGUUGUUCUUUGGGAUGAUAUGGUGGCUUAUAGCAUAUAUCCGAGGAGAUCUGGACCAUUUGCAAGACAAAGACUGGAAUCCAUGUGUGGAUAACCUCAAUGGGUUUGUUUCCGCCUUUUUAUUCUCAAUAGAGACAGAGACCACUAUUGGCUAUGGAUAUAGGGUCAUCACAGAUAAGUGUCCGGAAGGUAUUAUACUUCUUUUAGUACAGUCAGUUUUAGGUUCCAUUGUGAAUGCCUUUAUGGUUGGCUGCAUGUUUGUAAAAAUUUCCCAACCGAAGAAGAGGGCCGAGACCUUGGUCUUUUCAACCAACGCUGUCGUCUCCAUGAGAGAUGGGAAACUGUGUCUGAUGUUCCGGGUGGGAGAUCUCAGGAACUCUCAUAUUGUGGAGGCAUCAAUCAGAGCCAAACUGAUCAAAUCCAAACAAACAAAGGAGGGCGAGUUCAUACCACUCAACCAAACGGACAUCAAUGUUGGGUAUGAUACCGGGGAUGACCGCCUGUUUUUAGUUUCUCCCCUAAUUAUAUGCCAUGAAAUCAACGAACACAGCCCGUUCUGGGACAUUUCAAAAGCUCAGUUACAAAAGGAAGACCUAGAGAUCGUGGUUAUAUUGGAAGGAAUGGUGGAAGCAACAGGCAUGACUUGUCAAGCUCGAAGCUCUUAUGUCGCAUCAGAAAUCCUUUGGGGCCAUCGCUUCACACCGGUUCUUACCCUAGAAGACGGCUUUUAUGAAGUGGACUAUAACAGCUUCCAUGAUGCGUACGAGACCAACACUCCCACGUGCAGCGCCAAAGAGCUGUCCGAAAUUAUGAGCAGGGCAGAGAUGCCUCUCAGCUGGUCAGUCUCCAGCAAACUGAACCAGCACCAAGAGUUGGUCAACGAAAAUGGAGAGAAGAACCUUGAGGACCAAACGGAGAGGAACGGGGACGUGGCCAACAUAGAAAAUGAGUCAAAGGUGUAAAGCCAUUACAAAGAUAGUCUCUGAUUUAUACAUACCGCUGUGUGAAACUCCACAUAGUGGAUAGCAGUUUAAUGAUACGCUAGUGAGAGGUUGCUUGAUACAACCUGUGGUUCUGACAACACAUACGUGUCCAAUUACUGCACAUUGCUAAUUAAAUUGCACAAGCUCUUAUUUUUGGGGCUUGCAAAUGGUAAAUUUCAAGCAGUGACACCAAAAACCAAAUGAAAAAACCAUGGAUAGAUGGUUCUAAAUCUUCCUUGGAAUUAAGGUUUUUAAGGGGGGCAGGGGGGAUAUUAAAUCCCAAAUGAAAAAGAUUGCUUUAUGGUCAGGAAAAAAAAAUAUAUAAAUUUAUAAGUACACUGUACAUACGCCUUAUGUAAUAUUAUUCUCUUACAAUUUGGUUAUAAACCAAGCAUGUACAAAAGGAAUGAACUCAUAUAUAUAGCUAUGUAAUAAUUGUAGGUUUGGAUUCAUAAUACUAGGAUUGAUGAUGCAAAAAAUAAAAUAAAAAACACUUUGAAUUUUUACAACAUAUUAAAAACAUUUUGUUCUUCAUGUAAGUUUCACGUACAUCAUAUAUUAGCGUAUACAGUUUUGAUCUAUUCUUCACUCAACCAGACUGGCAGCUGUAUCAAGUACCUCAGUAUUUCUUUAUAUUAAAUGACUUCUAAAAAGCCAUAGACCAGGGGACAUAAAAGAUGACAGGAUCAGAGAACCAGACAAACUGUGACGCUGUUUACAUAAUGAUCUAACAACACUGCUUCUAAUUAUGCUACAAUAUUCAGCCUAGUGUAGGCUCCCAUUGUUCUUUGAGAAAUGAUUAACUACAGACUUAACAAAUGGACGUUGUUGUUUUUUUUUUACCUAUCUGCUCAAAAAAGGAGAAUUGCAGGAUAAAAUUUUAGGACUUUUAAAAAUUAUUUUUCAAAUUAUUUUUUUAAAGACAUUGUUGCCAGUGAGAUAUUAGAAGGCUAGAAAAUAUUGUGAGGUUAAUUAAAGUCUCGGGAAUUAAUUAGGGCCCGCAUUGGACAAAACGUUUAAUCAAUCUCACCGAGGGAUUCUUAUGGCUGAUUCUGAAAGUUUGUUCAAACUUGGAAAGCUUACUGCAUAUAUAAUGCACAAUAUAAUAGUACAUAAAUAAGAGUUAUGCACACCUAUCAGGUCAAUAUGGUCAAAGAAAAGGGAAGGUCCAUCUUCAGUUUAAAAGAGUCUUCCUUGAAAUAUCUCAUAAAGAUUGCUCAUUUGGGGGGAGAUGUAUCAAGCCUUGGAGAGGGAUGAAGUGGAGCAGUUGUCCAAAGCAUCCAAUAAUCUUCUGUCAUUUCAAUGACUGUGCCAGAUAAAUUGCAGUUAUAAACUGAUUGGUUACUUAGGCAACUUCUCCACUUUAUUUCUCCUUGGCACAGAUUUAUCAAGCUUUGGAGAGUGAUAAAUUGCAUGGUGAUAAAGUACCAUCCAAUCAGCUCCUAACUGUCAUUGUUCAAACACAGCCUGUAACAUGGCAGUUAGGAGCUGAUUGGUUGGUACUGUAUCACCGUGCAAAUUUAUCACUCUCCAAGGCUUGAUAUAUCUGGGAUAAGGUUUGGUACGUCUCCACCUUGGUGACUUUGAAGCAGUUUUCUUUUGAAAGCUGCUUGAAGAACCCAUAAAUGUUUGAAGGCAUUCACUGUUCUAACAAUCAAAUGAAACGCUUUUUGAAAUCAAAACUCACAUCCCUACACAUUUAAUUAGCAUACAUUAAGAGAUGUACAGGCCUGUAACUAUAACAAUCUGUUGUCAUCAUUAUAUCAAUAACAUAAAUUUACGUAUCAUCUGAUCAUUCAAGAAGUCUUUUGGAGACCUUCUACUUGAGUUGUCGGUAGCUGACACGCAACCUUCUUGAAGAAUUCUGUAUGUGUUCAAAGGGGAUGUUCUUAAAAUCUGGGUGAAGUGCAGUAGACUGUCACAAUUUCAAGUUGGAUUCUGGGACCAGUGGACAUGUGAAAACUAUACACAAACAGUUCACCAAUUGUCUUAUUAAAGGGUAUCCAUAAAACCUCAAAACUUUUUUUAGAAUAUUCUUUGUCCAUCACAUCAACCAGCAGACCACUGGUUGAAUGGUUGCUGUCCCUGACUAUCCCAACCCAAUAUCUGCAUCUAUUGAGGAGAACCUUGCUGUGGUAAUCCUGACAUAUUGUCCAGAGCUCAGAGCUACAAUACGUCCAUGGUAGAUCUCGUAAAUGGGAACAAAUCUACAUGAAGCCAACUAAGAGGUCAGUCCAAGGAACUGACUACACUCCACUAUAUAGGGGAGAGACAAUAUUAUAUACAAACAAACAUAUAUGAAUACAAAUAGAUAGUAUAUAUAUAUAUAUAUAUAUAUAUACAUAUAUAUAUAUAUAUAUAUAUAUAUAUAUACACAUACUGAUAUACAUAUACACACACUCUAUAGCCAUUUCUGCUUAAGGGCUAAUUGUGUAUUGUAAAAAGUAUUCAUUGGGCAGCUUGGUUAUUCCAUUAUUCUACUUUAAAGUAUUAAAGUAUUCGACUUUAAAGUAUUAAUUGGGCAGCUUGGUUAUUCCAUUAUUCUAACAUAAAGUUCCUCAGCACAGAGGUGCAGAAGUUUUUCUUAGCAAUAAUUUAAUAGCAAAGCACACUUAGAAUUAUCACUCAACAGCAGACUUUACUAUUUAAUUAUACAUGUUACUAGAAUUCAUUAAGCUGUUAAUUAAGUUAUCCCCAAGUGCAUGUUGACCCAUGUAGUGGUUGCAGAACCGUCUGUCACCAGCCUGCUCAACCCAUUCCUGAUGACAUCAUGACACACUGAUGAUUGGCAGUCUGCUGCUUUAGUGGUUCCAUACAAGCCAAACUGGUGUGAUUCCAGAGAUGUGCUGAGAUUAUUGUUUCAUUAGAUUCCAGAUAUUGUACAACAUAGAAAUCAGAUUGAUGUAGUUAUGCCAAAUGUUUGAUAAAUAAUAACUUCUAGGAAGGACUAUCAGUUCGUUAUCUGUUGAAUUGUACUAAUAGAUGUGGAUAAAUAUAUUUAUGCUCAAUUAUAUAUCUCCACCAGAUGGAUGCACACAUUUUCAUAGAGAUCUUUGAUGAAAAGCCUCACAUCAUUAGCCUCUUCUGUGUUUUAUAUUUAGAUGCAUGGAUUGGUGGAACUAUGAAGUAUUUGCGCAUGAAUAACUGUUGAGUAUUUGCGGAUGAGUAACUCUAGAGUAUUUAGGAUGAGUGACUAAAGAGUAUUUUAGGAUGAGGAACUAUUAAGUAUUUGAGGGUGGAUAACUACUGUAUUGAGUAUUUGAGAAUGAGUAAUUACUGAGUAUUUGAAAAUGAGGAACGAUUGAGUAUUUGAGAAUGAGGAAUGAUUGAUUAUUUGAAAAUGAGGAACAAUUGAGUAUUUGAGAAUGAGGAACUAUUGAGCGUUUGAGGGUGAUGAACUAUUGAGUAUUUGAGAAUAAGGAACUCUUGAGUAUUUGAGAAUGAGGAACUAUUGAGCAUUUGAGGGUAAGGAACUAUUGAGUAUUUGAGGAUAGAUAACUAUUGAGUAUUUGAGAAUGAGGAAUAAUUGAGUAUUUGAGGAUGGGUAACUAUUGAGUAUCUGAGGGUGAGGAACUAUUGAGUAUUUGAGGAUGAGGAACUAUUGAGCAUUUGAGGGUG